AUGGAUCGAAGUAACUCGGCUUUCACUCUCACACCAUGGAUCUCUGUUCUCCUCCUCUUCCUUGUCAUCCUCAUUUGGGCCUCAGUAGAUGUUAUCACAGAGACAUUCUCGUCUCUUCGGAAGCUGCCUGGUCCAUUAGAGGCUCGCUUCUCAAGGCUCUGGUAUUUUCGACAUGUGAGAGACGGAAACUUUCAUCAUCGCAAUAUUCAGCUCCAUGAGAAAUACGGAGCCAUAGUGCGGAUUGCUCCUAAGCAGUAUAGUAUCAAUGACCCGGCCUCCGCAUGGUACGAGGCCUCAAGUCCAGUCGGUCUUCCCUGGCAAGACCUCUUCACGGAUCGAGAUGGUGCACGUCAUGCUGCAAAUCGGCGUCUCGUGGCGAACCUUUACUCUGUCACCUCUCUUAGAGCAAUGGAGUCCGAUGUCGAAGACUGUUUGAGAGUCUUCGUGAAGCAACUUGGAAACUUGAGUCAGACUCAAAAUCCCAUCGACCUUCAGUUUUGGAUGCAGUGUUAUGCAUUCGAUGUUGUCAGUCAAAUCACACUUGGGCAAAGAUUUGGAUGCCUUGAUACAGGAAGCGAUCGAUUGGAAAUCUUCGCUAGUCAACACGUUUACCUCAAGUACUGCGCUAUGGUGGGAAUAGAACACGAGCUACAUGGAACCCUCGACUGGAUACUGUCCAAACUCCCACCAGGACAGCUGAUGAAUGGGGUUAACUUCACCGCCGAGCAGCUGAAAAAGGGCAAAGCCCGGUUUGACAUGGAAAAGGGGAGCCCAGACAGGCAAGACUUCAUGUCCAAGCUCUUCCGUCUACACCACGAAAAUCCCGGAAAGUUCCCAGAAAGCGCCGUCUUUACGACAUGUAUGACCAACAUUGGAGCUGGCUCUGAUACAACUUCGAUAUCCCUGUGCGCUGUUAUCUAUGACCUUGCGUCCCACCCCAGAGUGCUUCAGAGGCUUCGGGAAGAUAUCGACGCCAAAUUUGCAGAGCUAGACAACCCUGAGUUCAUCCCUUUCAAAGAUGCUCAAGCUAUGAGCUUUCUCCAGGCUUGCAUCAAAGAGUCACUCAGACUGCAUCCAGCAACAGGACUUCCGCUAGCCCGUGUUGUCCCCAAAGGUGGCGUGAAUCUUCUGGGCAUAGACUUCAACGAGGGUUGCGUUGUAGGCGUGAAUACCUGGGUCCUGCACCGGAAUAAGGAUGUUUUCGGUGCCGAUGCCGAUGAAUACCGCCCUGAUAGGUGGUUUAGUCAAGACAAAGAAUACAUUUCUCUCAUGGAAUCGAAUUGGAUACCGUUUGGGGUAGGUUCCCGUACCUGCAUUGGAAAAAACAUCAGCUUGCUGGAAAUCAACAAGCUUGUGCCCAUCUUGGUUAAGACUUUUGACUUCACACCCGUGAAGCCGGAAAGAAUCCGGCAUGAGAACUACUGGUUGGUUAAACAGGUCGAUAUGUUAUGCAAAGUUUCUUCAAGAAGUACCUAG